AUGCCUGCCGCCACCAAUUAUCGCUUCAUCAAUUCCUAUUCUGGCAAUGGCAGCAAACCUUCGAAAGAUGCGCGCCGAGAUGUUCGCUCCUAUGUGGCUCGUGUGUCACACACAGCCGGCACCAAAGACAAAGUCACCCGUCUGAAGGGAGACAAGCACCGUAGCACUGUUGUUUGUAAGUCAGGCCUAGCCGUGGCCACCCACACUUCCCCCGGAGCUAUGCCGAACCACGACCACAAGCUAGACCAGGUGUGGGUCAUCCAGCUGCUGGCUGACCUUGUGGUAGUCGACGUUGAGAUUACUUCAUUGCAAGAUGAAGAUGACGACGACAGCCCUCCGAAGAGGAAGCUAUUGGUGUCUAACAGACCGCCUCCCGCUCACACCGACGUUGUCGCUCGUUGCCAGCACGAGUCCCAACUCCAAUACCCUCCCUCGAGCAAGAACAUUACAGCACGACCUUUCGCCUCUCCAGUGCACAUCCUUUCCAGCCAUACCUCCACACCCAUCUCCCACCUCGCCGUCUACCACAAACCCUACAUCGCCGCCGUACUGCACAACUACGUGACCAAGCUCGCCCUUCCAAUACCAGAGAUUGACAACAACUCUCCACGGCCCUUGCUCCGCACAGUAUGGCUACCAAUGGUCAUGCAGAACGCGGCCAUCUUCCAGGUCAUCGCACUUUUUGCCGCCGCACACUGGGCCACCUACGCUGAGCCCGCCCGUCACGCCGCACUGUACUCGGAGAUUCUGGCGCUGAAGCAAAGCGCUCUGCAGGGUCUCUUGAGCGGGCUGCGGCUCGCAAAUGCGCACCUGGACAGUGCAAAGAGCGCGGGCGGUGGCAAUGCGCGUGGUAAGCUCUCCAAUGGCGAGGAGGAGUGCCUCAUCGCCGCCAUCGCCAAGAUGGCGAGCUAUGAAGCUAUUUUCGGCGACCCUGCUUCGUAUCACACACACAUGAACGCCGCCUCACGCCUGCUGCGCGCCCGCGGCGGCCUGGCCUCGCUGGGCAUGGACGGCAUGCUGUCCCGCCUCCUGCGUUUCAUCGACACCAACAGCGCCUUCCUGCUGGGCACGCACCUGUACCUCGAGCACGACCAGGGCGUGGGCGUCUGUCUGCCGCGCCACAUGCCCUUCCGGCUCAAGCGGUUCGACGACGACGUGGGAGCGCAACAGGGCGUGCGGCGGGGGGAUGUGGCGGAUGCGAAUGCGAAGGUCGAAGAGAUGGGGCGCAGGGAGGUUCAAGGGCUGGGGACUGUGAAUGUGCAGAGGUUUGUGGGGUGGUGUGGUACGGAGGAUGGGUCUACUUUCUGA